AUUCACUAAACGGAGGUUAUAAAAUGAGAUGGCGUUUAAUAAAGGUUGGCGUUAUGCAGCAUUUUUAGGAGGUUUUAUUGGGUUCAUUGGACUUACAUUGUACCCUAUAGCUGUUAGCCCUAUGAUGGACUCUUCAAAAUACAAAGAAAUCCAAAAGGAGACGCGCAAGAAUAUAAGGCAGGAGGAUAUUCAGCCAGGCAAUAUGAAAGUUUGGACAGAUCCAUUUGAUCGAAAGAAACCAGAAACCACAAAAUGAGUAACUUGUAUAUAUACUUGUAAAUAUUAUAUAAUUUAGUUAGAACAUAUAGAAAUAUCUUUUCUUAUAUAAAUAAUAAUUCUUGUUACUUAACAUGAAAAGUUUUAUUUAUUUAGUAGAAGCGGGUAAUAAUAAAAUUUGU